AUGGGAGACUCGGAGCAGCGGCUGAUUUUGGGCAUGAACGCGGGCGAUGGGCGGCAGACGCCUCCUGGGCAGCUGCAGGCGUCCGGAGAUGACGGGGACGAGCCGGGCGCAGCGGUCUCUGAGAGCGUGUGUGACGAUGAGGACUCCAGGGCACCGCCAAAGAGUGAAGAAGGAGUGGAAGAGGAAGAAGAGGAGCUGGACCCCAGGAUACAGGAGGAGCUGGAGCAUCUCAACCAGGCCAACGAGGAGAUCAACCGCGUGGAGCUGCAGCUGGAUGUGAGUAAGGGCAGCUUCUUCCCCUUUCCCUUCCAUGCGCCUCUGAUCCGGGCACCGUGCUGGUCCUCUGCAGGGGCUGCGGAGGUCAGACCCGCUCCUCAGUGGUCACCUUCAAGCAGCCCCUGCCAGUUUUAG